GACUGCUGCCUGUAGGACAGUUUCAUCAACCUUAUCAUCAAGACGGUUUCUUUCCUUACUCAUACAUGUCAACCUCAUCCCAGAACCACAGCACUUUACCAACAAAAAGUUUAGAUUGGACUCCAGUUCCUUCCAGAAUGUGGCAUGGUUCUCCUGGGUUACUUGCAGGGCACGAGGCUUCCCCAACUUUCCCGGGUAAAGGGGUUGCCUUUCCGGUACUCCGGAGGGCUCCAACAGAGGUCACGUACACAGUCCAGCCUGUUUUCUCUCUUCUGCCGCUUCAUCAAGGCUCUCAAACCAUUGCCACCUCCGUUCCAAAAUACAGCAGCUACACAUCUUCAGUGCAGUACUCACAAGCCUACUAUCCAACAGCUGCACUGCAGUGUUGUUCACCACCUGCCUACAUAGAUCCUCCAACUGGCUGUGCUAGUCCUACAGCUCCGACGUACAGCCCCUGCAGCUUUUUCCAGAGUCCUCCAAUGCAGUCACCUUAUGCAGCUGAAUUUCUGCCCUCUAACUGGCCUUGUAAUAUGUCUGAUGAAGACAAGAAAACAGAAGUAAAUCUUGAAGCUGUGUUUCAGAUGGUUGAUGAGAUGCAUUCAUCACCCAAAGUGGAAAUAGUGAAAGUGGAACCUGUGGAGAGCCAGUGUUCAACCCCGCAGUCUAACGGAGGUCAACCACUGCUGGUUAAUAGUGAGAACAGUGAUACACCUUCUUCAACUGAGGAAAGCCAACUGGAAUCUCUUACUCCUGUAGCUUCAGACACAUCAUUUGUGACGGGAGAAAAUCCAUCAGUAACUUUUUCUCCAUCACAGCCUUCUGAAUUUCUGUGUGCUACCCAUAUCACUGCAUCCGUAGAAAUUGCUGCUGCUGAAACAGUGCAAGAAUCUGUGACCACACAGGAAACAUACGAAAAACUGAGAGAACAACCAGAGCACUGCCUGACUCAAUCCUCCGUAAUGUUUGUUCAGGAAGAACCACUCAGUCCAGGGCAGGAGAAUACUAGUGUUAAAUGUGAAUACAGCAUGUCAGAGACAGAAGAGAGACCAUUCACUUCAGGAACUGAGCCUGUGAACAAGUCUGUAGAAGAGGCAGAUUCAUCUGUAAAACCUAGAUGCAGGAAAAGAAGACACAGCUCGCACAAGGGCAAGUCCCCUGAUCUCCAUCUGGUGGUGGAUGUAGCUUGCAAGAAGGGGUACUUCCCGGAGGAAGAAACAAGAGAGUGA